GAACUUCCUGUGCCUGGAGCCGUUCGAAUCACGUUACAAGCCCCAACAACCCUUACUCAACCUCGUUACUGCACUAAUGGUCAGCUUCCUUGCCUGUAUUGGGGUGCUAACGAUAUUCAAUAUCCAAGUGAUGGAGCUGGUGUGGCAUUUUUCACAACCAGAGUAUCCGUUACAAAUUAUCCACCGCCUCAAGGAUGUCCAAGUUUCAUGAAUGUAUCAGAUCCAUCAGAUCGGUGUUUUUUCAAUCCAAAGUCCACGUUCAUUUCCUCGAACUCCAAUGUAACGAUACCUAAAUCAUUCAUAGGUGACAUUGAAGAUUACACGGUUAUGAUUGAGCAUUCAAUAAGAGGACAAGCCACAUCGAUAGCACAGCGUAAUGGGUUAAUGGAUGGAGCACUCAUGUCAUCUGAUGGAAAAACUAUGAUUAGGUCAUUCACCAACAAAACGAGGAUGCAAAACAACCCUAAUGCCGAUGGUGACAUUUUUACAAUUCAAGAUAUUCUCACUGCCGCGAAUGCAAAUCUGGAUGGCCCUUCUACGGCACCCGGCGCAGAUAAAGCAAAGGGAGAAACAUAUAGGUCUUCUGGCAUUGUUAUAUCAGUAGUUAUUGAAUACAUGAACGUCCGUUUCCGGAAAGACGAUAUUACUUACAAAUAUUUGCCUCAGGUGAUUGAUGGAAACGAGUAUAAGGCUGCGCAAAACAUUCUAAACUCAGAUGGAUCAUAUACCAUAAUAGAUAGGCAUGGGAUUCGAUUGGUAUUUCAACAGCAUGGUUCUAUUGGUCAAUUCGAUUUCAUAACCCUUCUUGUAAAUGUUGUUGGUGCUUUGUUUCUCUUGAAAUUUGCCGAAAACGUAGUUGAAUUCUUUAUGCUCUAUUGUUCAAAUAACCGUGAAUCCUAUUCAGAUGCGAAAUACGAAAUUGCACAUCCUGAAGACAAUACAAAUACCCCAUCAUCCGGUUCAAAUACUCGACCGAAUACAAUGCACGAGUCUAGUAAUGCAGCCAACCCGACCCGACCGGUAAAUCAAGGCCACAACAAUUACGCUCAGCCUGAAGUUAAGAACAAUCAAACUCAGCCUAGUAUUACUAAUCCAUACUACGUUCCUCCUGCUCACGUCAUUGGGAAUCAACAAUAUUAUUAUUACGCCUGA